CCUGAAUCUGAGGUAUAAAGGCGUCAACGCAUCUCUAGAACGUCAUUAAGUAGAUCUUUUCAUUUUGAUACAUUAGGGAUAACAUUAUAUUCAAUUCAAACCCGAAUAAAAAGAAAAAUUGUCGUAACGAGGAACAAGAUGGACAAUGCACAAUCGGUAGAUGCCACAAACAACGACACUAAAACCACUGAGGACAAAGAGGUAAAACCUCCACCAUACAGCGUCGCGGAGGCUUCUGGGACAUCACCCCCUCAACUAAAUGGCCAAGCAGGGGCGCAAUGGAGUCAAGCGGGGCAACAAUAUGGUCAAGCCUGGCCUCAGCCUCAAUAUUGCGAAAAGGGGGCUCUAUCUGGUCCAGAAGGACUUGAAUACGGUCAACCAUAUACCGGUAACCCUGUGAGCUACGCUGCGGAAACAAAUCAGGUCGUCAUCACAACGCAGCCAAUGCAGAAUGGGAUGGCUGUGAAUGUCGGUGCCCCACCACCCGACUAUCUCGCCUGGUCUAUAUUUACAACAAUUUGUUGUUGUUUCUGCCUUGGUAUUGCAGCCAUCGUGACAUCUAUGAAAUCAAGAGAUUAUGCUCGGGCAGGGGACGUGAAGAGAGCACAGCAAAAGAGUAUCACUGCAAGGAACCUGAAUUUUGCAGGCAUUGUUAUUGGACUCAUAGCAAUUGUUGCUAUUGUAGUGCUAAGAGUCAUACUACCGAUGACUCUCUGAUGAUAUUCGAUCCUGGCUGUACAAUUGAACCGUUAGAGAGGGGUAAUAAUUUCCAAUCCUACUAGGACCCUAUCUUCAUGAAGAGUUGGACCUCUAUUUUAUUGAAGAGCUGAACCUCUAUUUUAUUGAAGAGU